UUAGGGCUCAGCCCAAAACAUGAGGGGAGGUACAAGCACGAGAAAAACAAGCCAAGAAAAGUCAGUCAAGGAAUCGCAGCAGCAGCACCCACCAAAGAAAGAGCGAGAGCCCACAGGCAGUUACCAGGGAUCGAGCGCAAGAGACAAUGGCUGUGAGGGUGUUACCGCACCUGCUUCUUGUGCUGCUCAGUGUGGAGGUGACGGCAGGGACACCCGCUCCUGAUGUGACCGAAUUACCACAGAACCAAAUUAAGCUGACAGAAACCAUGUCACUUUACAAAGAGCCUGAAGAAACUGUACAGACACAGGAGCAGCCAGUUGUUGCACAGCCUGUAAUUAGUAUUAGUGAACGGGUGCAGGUUAAUCGCAAAGAGAAAAAGGAUCUUGGAACACUAGGUUACAUUCUGGGGAUCCUCAUGGUAGUGAUAAUCAUUGCAAUUGGCAGUGGCCUUAUUGUUGGAUAUAUAUAUAAAAGAGGCAGGGAUCUAAAGCAGCAGCAUGAUGAACAGAUAGAGGAGCGACGACAGCAGCGCAUAAAUCUACCACUCUCCGCAUUUUUGAAUCCCACAUGUGAUAUUGUUGAUGAGAAUAAUAUAGAGGUGCUGUCCAAUCAUACUCCAAACACAACACAGGAUGGUGUGGCUCCUCUAAUGGGCUGUGCAGGGACCCCUGGGGCAUGAAUAAGUAACAUCUGAACAGAUGAUGAUCGAUAAGAAGCUUGACAUAAGAUGGUACCAUCGCACAUUGCAGUUCUGUGACAUUGCUGUGCAGGAGCACAGUGUCGGGAAGUGACAUCUUUUCUCAGAUAUUUUUUUUGUGUGUACACUUUCGUGCCUGGUUUUUGUCAUUAUUAAACUAUAUGCCGUCAAGCUUUCUGCCAAUGGCUAAAGACUGCUUACGCCAGCCCUUCUUUGUUGCUCUUAGAUGGGAGCCUUGGUCUUUGCAUAGAAGAUUAUGUGGAGACAGUGGAGAAGAUCUGUUGGCGUGGUCUAUGUGUGUUUGAUGUCAUGGAAUUUGGGAACAGGAAAUGCCUAGAGAGGUGCUCUUCUGCUGUAACUAUGUUGGCAUAUAGCACAAGAUUCUUAGGAAAACUAAAUUCCAUGAACUACUACAAAUGCAUGUGUGCAGCAUCUAGCAGGUGAAAUGCCUUGAAGCAUGCCAAAUCUGUUAUGGGUCCAGUUCUGAUGACAAAGUCUCGGUGUAAGCUUGGAAGUCCCUUUCCCACGCUCAGACUUUUUUUUUUUGUGCUGCUGAAGAUAAGACUGGACAAAAUUGAAUGUACAAACUUUAUGAAAAAUUGUUUAUUUUUUUUUUACAUGAGCUUUUUGUUUCUAUAAAUAAAACAUCUUUACCGUU